ACGUCCUACGACUUGGCUUGAUAGGCGGGCAUAAACAAAUUCUCUGUUGAAUGUACGAGAAUAUAGUUACUUCGCUUGCCUUCUUUGCUUGACGAUCAGUCGAGAACGAGACAGUCAAGAGGGAAGAUUGAGUGCAAGAUGUUACGAAUUGCUAUCAGUAUUGUUCUUUUUUGCAUUGUUGGAGUUCUUGGUCAAAAAUUGGAUCAAGACAAAGAUUGGAGUCAGGCUAAGUCUAUCUAUGAGUUCCAUGCUAAAGAUAUUCUUGGAAACGAUAUUUCAUUGGAUAAAUAUAGAAAUCAUGUAGCUAUUAUUGUAAAUGUUGCAAGUCAAUGUGGAUUAACAGAAACAAAUUACAAGCAACUUCAAAGUUUAUAUGAAAAAUAUGGAGAAUCUAAGGGUCUCAGGGUACUUGCGUUUCCAUCGAACGAAUUUGCUGGACAGGAACCAGGAACAUCACAAGAAAUUUUGAAUUUUGUUAAAAAGUAUAAUGUAACUUUUGAUAUGUAUGAGAAAAUUCUUGUAAAUGGAGACGACGCUCAUCCUCUGUAUAAAUGGCUAAAAACUCAAAAGGAAGGAGCAGGAACCAUCACAGAUGCAAUCAAAUGGAACUUUACAAAAUUUAUCAUUGAUAAAAACGGGCAAGUCGUCGCUAGAUUUGCACCUACAACUGAACCCUUUGAAAUGGAAGACACUCUGAAAAAAUAUUUCUAACUUUCUUGUUUUGGUAUUUAAAUUUUUACAAAUUUGAUAAAAUAUGAGAUUUAAUAAUUCAAGACUCUUUGUAAUAGAGCCAUUGUAUUUUCAUACGACCUAUAGUAUUGUAAUUGAUAUUAUAAGAAAACGAUUUUAUAGUUUAUUUAAAUAAAAUUAUUCUAUUUCUAACAAA